UCUGCAGCCGCCUCUCUGCUCGGCAGUGUCUCUCUCGGAGGCUUUCUGUUCGGUACCGGGUUUGUGAUGGAGCGCUGGAGGGGCAGAGUGGCUCUGGUGACCGGAGCCUCGGUCGGGAUCGGGGCGGCGAUCGCCAGAGAGCUGGUCCGCCAGGGGAUGAAGGUGAUGGGCUGCGCCAGGGACGUGGAGAAAAUCCAGAAACUGGCAGCAGAGUGUCAGAGCGCCGGCUUCAGCGGCGUUUUGGUGCCUUUUAAGUGCGACUUGACCAAAGAAGAAGAGAUUCUGUCCAUGUUCGCUGCCAUCAAAGCUCAGCACCAAGGUGUGGACGUGUGCAUCAACAACGCCGGCCUGGGCCAUGCGGACCACCUGCUGUCUGGUAGAACCAGCGGCUGGAGGAACAUGCUGGAUGUGAACGUCCUGGCGUUGACCAUCUGCACACGAGAAACGUAUCAGUCCAUGAAGGAGAGAAACGUUGACGAUGGGCACAUCAUACAUUUGAACAGUCUAUUUGGGCAUCGUGUCGUCGGCUUUCCCGAUCUGAAUUUCUACACGGCCACCAAGCACGCGGUGACGGCGCUGACCGAGGGUCUGAGGCAGGAGCUGCGUCUCGCCAAGUCUCACAUUCGAGCCACAUCCAUUUCUCCGGGUCUUGUGGUGACAGACUUUCCCUCCAGACUCUACGUCAACGAGCCACAAAAGGCUGAGGAUUUGUACAAUCGUUACACGCCACUGGCAGCGCAGGAUGUUGCCGACGCCGUCACGUACGUCCUGAGCGCGCCGCCCCAUGUGCAGAUUGGAGAGGUUCUGAUUCAGCCCGUGGAGGAGCUCUGGUAGCGCUACGUCAGCAGCAGCUGAACCGAGUCGUGCUUUUACUUUAGUAACAUAUCAGCUCUCAUUUUCACAUGUUGGAGUUACAGACAUUUCAAAUGACGUGGCACACCUGCACAAUAAAAUGCUUGUGUAUGAAAU